AUAUGCGCUAAGAAGAACGGCAGAAGAUCACAAGGAAGAAGCAUCUCCAGAAGCUGUUCAGACAGUCCUGUGCAACUUCUACGUAGAUGACUGUCUGAAAAGUGUAGCUACAGAAAAGGCUGCAGUGAAAUUAGUCAGUGAUCUUCGUGCUCUGUGUACCAGUGGAGGGUUUACAUUAACAAAAUGGACAAGUAACAGUAGAAAAGUGUUGAUGUCAAUUCCUGAAGAACACAGAGCUAACGAGGUGAAAGAUCUGGAUCUUAGGCAUGACAGUUUGCCAGUUGAGAGAACUCUAGGUGUACAGUGGAACACAGAAACAGAUACCUUCACUUAUACUAUAAGGUUGCAAGACAAGCCAAUGACCAGAAGAGGCAUUUUGUCAGUCAUUAAUUCAAUUUAUGACCCUCUUGGCUUUCUAGCACCAGUCAUCUUGCCUGCAAAACUUUUGUUGAAAGAUCUCUGUAAAGAGCAGCAUGGUUGGGACAAGGAGAUCAACGAAAAGCAUGCAACAGUUUGGAAAAAAUGGAAAGAAGACGUUGUACUCCUCUCCAACUUCCAUGUGAGUAGAUGCCUAAAGCCUACAGGUUUCGGAUGCACCGUUGUUGCACAGUUGCACCAUUUUUCCGAUGCUUCAGAUUACGCAUAUGGAACUGUCUCUUACCUGUUGAUGGAAAAUAGACAUGGCAGGAGACAUUGCGCCUUUCUCAUUGGGAAAUCAAGAGUUUCUCCGCUCAAGCAAGUCACAAUUCCUAGGCUUGAGCUGACUGCAGCAGUGAUUUCAGUGAGGAUGGACAGAUUACUGCGACAAGAACUUCAAGUUCCUCUGCAACAAUCAGUCUUCUGGACGGACAGCACAACUGUGCUUAGAUACAUUGAUAGCGAAACAUCUCGCUUCAAAACUUUCGUUGCAAAUAGAGUUUCACUGAUUCGAGAAGCAACCAAGCCAUCGCAAUGGAAGUAUGUGACAUCGGCAGAAAAUCCUGCAGAUCAAGCAAGCAGAGGCUUAAAGCCAAAAGAUCUGCUGGAAAGAGGUUCAUGGAUUCACGGGCCGAACUAUCUUCUAGAUGAAAAUGAAUGGCCAGAACAGCCAGUGAGAAAGAGGGAAAACCUUCAAGAUGAUCCAGAAGUCAAGACUUCAGCAACGGUUAAUAUGCUGAAAGUUGAGGAAUGCAUGGAACCGAUGAAACAUGUCAUUGACUACUAUUCAGACUGGACUAAACUGAAAAGAGCAGUGGCCUGGAUAAUAAAGCUAAGGAAGGUGCUGUGGAUCUUAAAGGAAGAAAGAAAACAUUACUCGAACAUAGUCCAGAAAAAUGAAAAUGAUCCUGAAAAGCAAAAGUUAAAGUUGCAAGUGCACAUGGAGACAUUUAAAUCUGCAAUGGGAAAGAAAGCACUUGCUUUGGAGGAUCUUGAGGCUGCCGAGUCAGAAAUUGUUCGCUUCAGCCAGAAACAACAUUAUGGAGAGGAGAUCAAAAUCCUACAGAAGGGAGGACAGCUCAGUUGUAGCAGCCAGCUGUUCAAAUUAGACCCAGUUCUGCGAGAUGGGGUGCUGAGAGUGGGCGGCAGACUCAAUAAAUCAGGCUUGCCAGAAAAUGCUAAACAGCCAGCAAUUCUUUCUAAACACAGCAAAGUCUCUGAAAUCAUCUUGAGAGAUAUCCAUCAACGAAUUGGUCACUGUGGUCGCAAUUAUGUGCUGGCCCGGUUGCGAUGCAGAUAUUGGAUUCCACAAGCCAAUUCGGCAAUUAGAAAGAUAAUCAACAAAUGUCAAAUUUGCCGUAGGAUUUCUGGAAGGGUUGGUGAACAGAGGAUGGCAGACUUACCUGAAGACCGUCUUCUACCAGACAAACCUCCGUUCACGAACACUGGUGUUGACUACUUUGGCCCAUUUGAUGUCAAGCGGGGCCGGGGUACUGUCAAAAGAUAUGGUGUCAUGUUUACCUGCCUCACUCUCAGAGCUGUACAUAUUGAAGUUGCAGACAGUCUUGACACAGACUCCUGUAUCAAUGCGAUUCGACGUUUCAUCUGCAGAAGAGGUCAAGUUACCAUCAUGAGGUCAGAUAAUGGCACAAACUUUGUGGCAGCGGAAAGGGAGUUGAGGGAAGCCAUGCAAAGAUUGGAUAAUGACAGAAUAGAAAGAGUCCUACAACCAAAAGGUAUAAAGUGGAUUUUUAACAGCCCGGCUGCUUCACAUCAAGGUGGAGUUUGGGAGAGACAAAUUCGAACAGUGCGUCGAAUUCUCAGCGCUCUCUUGAAGGAACAAGUGCCAAAUGAAGAUUGUCUUCAUACGAUAAUGUGUGAGAUUGAAAGCAUCAUUAAUGGCAGACCUCUCACAAGCGUCUCGGAUGACAUGAAUGACGUUGAAGCUUUAACUCCGAGCCAUCUGUUGUUGCUUAAGUCACAGCCCCUCAUGCCUCCAGGUGUCUUCAACAAAAAUGAUGCAUACACCAGAAGAAGAUGGAGACAGGUUCAAUAUCUGGCAGAUUUGUUUUGGACCAGAUGGACUCGUGAAUAUCUUCCACUUCUGCAAGAGCGCCAGAAGUGGCUGAAACCGAGAAGAAACUUCAUGGUCGGAGAUCUUGUGCUGCUGGUGGACAGUUCUUCUCCACGCAACUCUUGGCUCAUGGGGAGAGUGGUUGAGACGUUGCCAGAUUCAAGUGGAACAGUCCGAAGAUUGAAAGUAAAAACUAAAAGCAACAUCCUGGAAAGACCCGUUAAUAAGUUGUGUCUUCUGGAGGGGGCUUCAUCAGAACGAUGAAGAGAAAGAAUGUUUGCUCAUGGACAUUACAAUUAGGUUGGCUCUUAAUGAUUAAUGUGUAAGUUAGUAAUUGUUUAGUUCUCCCGCCUAACCAAUUAGGGGCCGGAUGAUGUAAGAGCCAGUUAAAGGUUAAUUUUAUUGGUAGUGGUAAAACGAUUAAAGGAGAAAUAUACAUGUUUGUUGCUAAGAAUAUAUUUUCUAGUUAAUUUCAAAUACUGUUUGUUAAAGGUAUAAAAAUAUAGAAGUGCGACAUUCUAAUGCGCUUUUUAGUAUUUUGGGCUUCCGGCACACCGUAAUUACGUAGUUGGGGAGUCGGAUAAGCUGGAAGCAACACAGUUUUUUGACCGAGCCUUGCCAUGUAAAUUCAAAGUUUCAAUAAACAUCUUUUUUGCAAGAAAAGAAAAUGGACUUGCUCGCGUUCAAAUGCAUGUUGCCGGACUGACUCCUAAAGGUGGGACAGAAGAGUGAAAUAGAGACGGAGUGCCGCCACUACAAUCUACAUUUUAGUUACAUUCCAUUUAUUAUUGUUUAUGUAUAAAUGAUGUCUUGGUCAUGCUUUUAUUCUGAAAGGCCUGUUCUCUUGAGCUUCUUUAUAAAAGAAAAUAACAAAAACUCUCCAUUUGAACUUUCUGCCCUCAGUGGUUGUGUGAGGUUUCCUUCAUGAGGAGAACAAACAGAAUAUAAACCAGUGUGUUUACAGUGAAUGUGUCAGGUCUGAGCUGCUGUGUGGACCAGUUAGAGAGCAGCAGCUGGAUUCCAGUGGUUGGACUGGUGGACGACUUCAGUGAGGAGUCGAUGACAUUUGGCUCUGGUAGAAACUCUGCACACACAAACACACAGGAGGAGAAUAUAAGCACAAAGCAGAGCCUCUCUGUUCUCUUUAUAUACAGCAAAGCAUGAGGACAUGUCAGUGAACGCAUCACAGUUACAAUAAUGUAACUUAUUGAACUUUGACACAUUUUGUGCUGGUGUGUCAGAUCACACAGCAUCUGCAGAGACACACAAUCUUGUUUUGAUACAUUUUAACUGCAGGAUGAAAAAUAAACUGAUUAAAUAACAUUAAAUUGCUCCAUCUUAACAGUUUAUUGGCACCAGAAUAUUAACUGGAACUGGUGCUUGUGUCCCAGUCAGUGUGUACAUCCUGAGAUGCUGCAGGC